GUCACUGUGCGUUGUCAAAAUCACGUGACUUCCGCUUCGCAAACUGGAAAGAAGUAUGCCACAUCAAGGUCUGUUAAUACUACUAUUGAACGUAGUACUACUGAAUGCUCUUACGCCUUCACUCUACUUUACCAAGACCGAUAAGGAGAGGUUAAAGGGCGUAUAUCUAAAUGCAAAGCCAUAUGCGGAUUUGGCGUCCUGUUAUUAUUCAGUAUUAGGUCUUAAUUUAUUAGGAGAGCGUCAUGAAAAUCCUACGGAAACAUGCAACUUCCUUAAGAGCAAGCUCGACUCCAAAGACCUGGAAUCACUCUUCUUUGCUUCUAGCGCUGCUAAAAUUCUCGGCUCUUGUCAGAUAAGCAAAGGGGAUACUGAAACCACGCUAAACAAGGCCAUAUCCGCAGAUAGUCCAGUUUUGAAGAUCUACCAAGCGAUAUCAUCGUUAUCUAAUUUUGGGUUUAAAAUCGAUUCAAAUAAGGCAUCUGAAGCUUUACACGGCGCCCUCAAGAAGGAUGAUAGUGCCUUGAGCCAUGGUUAUGCUUUCUAUGCUGCCUCUUUCUUGACGACUGAUUUGAAAAAAUUUUACGACCUUAUUGAAGACAUCAUUGCCCAAGCGGAUGAAGUUGAAGAUGUCCACCUUCAAUUUGAAGGAGGCUUACACACUACUGCCUUAGUUAUUGACGCUUCCUUUCAAUUGGCUGCCAGUGCCAAGAAAGAACCGAUUAUUAGCCAAGAAAAAUUGAUAAAAUUUGCCAACUAUUUCCUGAGUCGCAAACAUGUCCAGCAGUUGCGAAAUGCAGCUGCCGUUUUGAGAGUUGUCAAAACCUUGACAAACAACAACUAUCACAUUCCAGUUGCGGUCUCUUUGGCCUCUCAAGUAGCUAUUAGCGAUAGCUUACCACUCGUUAAAGUCAAGGUCAGCAAUCUUUUGGGUGAAAGCCUUGGAAAACUAAACGUUGUAGCUGACUCUGCAAAACAUAAAACUGACGGAGCUGUUGUUAUCAGCAAGAGCCCAUUUAAAGUAUCUCCUGCUGAUGACUCAAUCUACGAAUUGGAUUUGAUCAAAUCUAAACCCCCAAUGGGCUUCUAUUCUAUUUCUGUUACGGCUGCCUCUCAAAAAGACGAUAAGAGACUCAUCGGUCUGACUGGAGCUGCUGUUGAAGUAAAAGUAACAACUAAAGUUCAAGUAACUAAUGUGGAAAUUGGAGUUCUAGACAAUGAUCAAACAACAGCGGGAAAAACAACCAAAUUAGUGUAUCCUAACAAGGCUGCAUCAAUUCUGGAAGCUGAUACCCACCAAAGACUAAUCAUGACAUUUUCUUUGAAAGAUAAAAAUUCUGGUAAAGCUCUCAAUGCUCAUCAAACAUUUGUUAGACUAUCCAACAUCAAGACAAAGGAAGAGCUAACUUAUGUUGCUGAAUCCGACAAAGCAAGUUCCUACAAAUUUGAUUUGGACGUUAAGGCCAAUGCUAAAGACUUUGGUUACAAGUCAGGGAAAUACACUGUAGACUUGAUCAUUGGUGAUGCAGUUAUUCAAAACCCCAUCUCCUGGACUGUUGCUGAAGUACAACUAUCAUUGGGUGAUGCUCCACCAGCAAAAGCCAGCUCAACCAUUCAAUACAAGAAGAAGCCAGAAAUUAAACACUUAUUCCGCGAGCCUGAAAAACGCCCUCCUGUUAUUGUUUCCACAGCCUUCACAUUUUUGUGCUUAGCACCUCUUGGCGUCCUUCUUGUUGCUUGGAUGAUUCUCGGAAUUAACGUAUCCAACAUGCCAUUCAGCAUCAGUGCCCUAGGGUUCCAUAUUGGAUUGGGAGGUAUCUUUGUCCUGUACUACUGGUACUGGGUUAGUCUCUCAAUGUUCACCACUUUAAGAUAUUUGGCCGUUUUGGGUCUACCUACGUUCCUCUUUGGAAACCGUCUUCUUGCUUCAAUAGCAGCGAAACGAAAAGAAAAGUGA